AGACCACGUAGCUACUAUUUUAGUCUUUUAUUGUUAAUUAGUUCAAUUCUUUUUACAGGAUUUUAUAUGGAUGCCGUAUGAUCAUAUUUUGGAUGAGCUGCCGGCAUUUUGUAGGGCUAGUCAGCACAUGUGGAUGUCGCGGUGUCCAUUGAUACAUAUGGAUAUCGUUGAGUAUCACGCGCCCGACCGCUUAUUACAGCAGUUUGGGUAUGUACAGAAUAUAACCGCGGCUACGGAUUGGGAGCAUUACCACUAUAUGAGGGACGAGCGUGCAGGCGUCGAUGAUGCAUGGCGGCUCCAUAUGCAGCAGCAGGUCCAGAGUUGGGAUGCGAGGAUGACGAGCCUACCGGUGGUCGGACAUGACACUCCGAUCCAUGUGUACAUGGAGUGGUACAUGCGGAUCACUCGCAUCAUUACUGACAACCCCACUAGGCGUCGCCCAGAUGUCCUAGGAUAUGUAGCUCUCGCAGGAGCGUAUGAGGCGCUGGUACGGACCGUUUAGACGAUGCGCUAUGAGAGCACUGCCCGUGCGGAGGCCCCCGAGACAGCGGAGUAUGUAGCACGGAUGAUUGAGCUUGCCGAGACUGGUAUGCGGCAGGCACAUGACUUUGAGCGUCUCGGUGAGCGUGUUCCAGGUGCCCUACCUCAGGUAGUUGCCCCAUCUCAGGCAGCAGGUGGAAGUGGUCGCCGAGGAGCUGGUGGCCGUCGCAGAGGUGGUAGGGCUGGCAGAGGUGAUGAGGCUCC